GUUCUACAAACAGUAAUGGCGUCGCUCGGAGACGAUACGGUAUCUGUAGCCGUGGAGGAGCAGGGGGAGAAGAAGACUGCGCCGGUGUCGUUUGGUUUCACUAAAACUGUGAACAAAUUUAAACCGGCAGCCGGCGGCAUUGCGUCGAAAAGUGACGAAAGAGAUUUUUUGACUGGAAUUGACAGAAACGAACUACAGAGUUCUAAACCCACCGAGAAGCCGAAGGAGCUCAUCAUCCCUCUGAUCCAGAAGAACCGCUGGCACAAACCGGACCUUGGGCCUCAGACUAGAGAAAAUGAAAACAAAACAGAGGAGACGAGUCAAAAUAAUGACGCCAUGGUUUCUCAGGCGGUUAAAGAACUUAUUGAAGAUUCACGAAGGCAGCUGGAGCAGUGGCAGAAUGGAUCGGAACCAGACCGAAACCUCAACUUGUCCAUUCCCCUCCUGAUGCAAAACAAAGUGCCGGAGGGCUUUGAGGAUGGAGACCACAUGAAGGUGGACCUGCGGCCUGAAUCUUCAACAGAGGCAGAUUAUGAGAGUGUUCCUGUUGAAGCUUAUGGACUUGCUAUGCUGAAAGGAAUGGGUUGGAAGAAAGGAGAAGGCAUCGGACGAACCUUUAAACAAGAUGUGAAGCCGAUCGAAAACCAGCUCCGUCCAAAAGGCCUGGGUCUUGGAGCCGAUCGUUCAGCGAUAAAGGAUCUGGAGCCCAGAAGACAGCAGCGUCCCCCGAAGCCAGGCGAGGAUCGUGCGAAGGAGGAGGAACUAGUGAUGGGUCCAGGGGGUUGUGUGCUGGUGCAAUCAGGAGCACAUAAAGAUCUUUAUGGCAAGAUAGAGGGUGUUGACGCAGACAACGCUCGAGUGGUGGUGAAGCUCGCCAUAGGUGGAAAGACAGUGACAGUCAGCCAGUACAACAUAAAACUGGUUGGAGGGAAAGAAUACGACAAAAACAGCAAAGACCUCAGCCGACUCAGUAAAGCCCACAAAGACAAGGAGAAGGAGAAAGAAAGAGAAAAAGAACGAGAGAAAGAGCGACAGAGACGGGAAGAGAAAAAUAAAAGCAGCAACAGUGACAAAACAAAACACAAGUCAUCAGAAAGAGACGGAGGAAGAGAAGAUAGGAAGAGGAAGCACAGAGAAUCCAGUCGAGACAGAGAUAAGCCUCUAGUAAAAGAAGCAAAGCAGCCAGCAGCUCCCCCCUCGUGGCUCCAAAGGGACCUGAAAGUUCGCUUCAUCGACAAACUGUUUAAAGGUGGCAGGCACUACAACUCAAAGAUGCGAGUGGAGGAUGUCCUGACGCCGUUUACCUGUGUGUGCCGAACUGAAGAGGGAAGACUGUUAGACGAUGUGAAGCAGGACAUGCUGGAAACCAUCAUCCCAAAAGGCGAUCAUGAUUCAGUGAUGGUUGUACUGGGUGAACAGCGGGGACAG